AUGUCGAUAGUGGAAGAACGCCUUGCUUUAGGUCUGUUGGUCACCGCAUCGGUCGAUGGCAAUGGGGCGCCCAAAGGCGUUCCGACCACCAGAACGGAUCUGCAAGGACCACUAGCGUCAGUGGCUAACAGCAAGGAGUGCCCAGCAGCUCACAGCACUUUCACAGACUGGCCAGGGAAGAUCGCCGUGGACCCCACAGGGGGUGAGGAAUCGGGGGAGAACGAGAUGAAUCCUUCAGGGCAGCUGGGCAAAAAUGCCGGCACAGCCCCCAGCGGCCCGGCCAUGCUCAACGGCCAAAAGGUCACUUCCGCAAACCUUAACCAGAAGACCCCUAAGAAGGCCGCCACAGCCACUGCCACCCCCCUUGCAGCCGCCACAACCGCCACCGCCCCUCCAACACUCGUCACCGCGCAACCAGCCGGCGCCGCGCAGACUCUUGUCACCAGCGCGAUGCGGUCGCAGACUGUGCAGCAGCAGGCGGCUGGAGGGCAAGGGCAGGGGAUGAUGAGCGGCGGCGGCGGCGCGGGAGCCGCCGCGCAGUUUGUGCAGAAGGCGCCGGCAGCUGCCGGGAACGCCGCGUCACGGUCCGGGCAGCUCAGGGGUUCAGUAACCAGCGUCUCCGGUGGCCGCCGCAUGAUGCUCGUGGUCACUCCCCUGCGAGUGAUUUCACCCUAG